GAUGAGUUUUUUGAGGUUAUGCCAAUUUGCGGCACACUUGAAAUUUUUUGAGAAUUAGGGCCAAUGCCAGUAUUAUUCUUUAACUUGUGGAUAGUAUAAUGUUUUUUUUUUUUCAAUAAUUUCAUAAAGAAUUGAUUGUGAUUUGAAGUACGAGUUCAACUAAUGAUCAGUUGUCGUGAGUGUGCCUCUGUCAUACCCUCAUCUCCAUCCUGUGUAUUGUUAAGAAUUUAUCGCAACCAAUGUAGAACUUUUCAACCCUUAUCGUCUCAAAUGCCUCACAACUAUAGCUUGGUUCCACACGCAACACCUUGAAUGUUUUUCCGAAGAAAAUCCUAGCACUAUCAUCAAAAUCGAGAUGGCAUCCGUGCCAUCGCCAAUGAAGCCUCCAAGAGGAAUAAAAUCCACCAAAGAAUCGAGUGGGCAUUUAAUGUCCAUUAUCCGAACAUUAUCUGUGAGUGAAUCCAAUGAACAACGUGAUCGGGAAAAAGCAAAAUUGGAGAAAGAGUAUGCCAAAAGUGAUCAACAACUAGAUGAGCUAAUCCAGAAACACCAUGAAGAAUUAUCUCAAGUCAUGCAGUUAUUUGGACAGCUCUCUGCCCGAAUAACCACAUCCAAAGACAAGGUGCGCUCUGUCAAAGAAAACCUGCUUGCCUGUAAAACUCUACUCAGCUGUCGACGGGAAGAACUGAAAAAACUUUGGCUUGAAGGCGUGGAGUAUAAACAUGUCUUGCAUUUAUUGGAUGAGAUAGAACAAAUUAAGGAUGCCCUCACCCAAGUGGGGAGUUACCUCUCAAAAAAGCACUACUUGCACGCAACAAACCUAAUUGUGUCCACACUAGCCCUUGGUGAGGGUGAUCUAGCAGGUGUUGAAGCUUUAAAAGAACUGAAGUCAGAACUCAACUCCAAGAAGCAGAAACUGAUUGAUACGCUCUUUGAUGAGCUGAGCAAAUACAUUUACAUUGACUCCACUCAUGAAAUCGUCCAACUUAGACGUCAAGGGUCCGGUAGAGAUUUUGCAGCAGCAUCCCAGCAAAAAAUAUCAUUACUGAAGCAGUCACGGGCAAAGAAAGCUCUCGAGUCAUCUUAUGCUGACAGCAGUCGGGUAGAGGAUAAAAAUUUCCUAACUCAGCGAGUGACGGAGGAUAUAAGUCAGGAUGUGGAGGAAGACUCUGCCCAUUUUGUUGCAGUACUACUCGAAUGUCUUGCAAUACUCAACAAAUUACCAGAUACUGUAGAGAGAUUGAAAAUGAAGAUGCAAGCUGAACUAUUUUUGCUGGUUGGUCGCACAACAGAACAAAUUCUGCCAACAAUUGACUCCAUGACUCCUCAGUUCGCUCUUGUGGAGUUGUUGCAAACUCUCAUAGAGCAGUUCAGACGUGUCGUGAGUGCCCACCAAACAGUAUUAACCGUAAUGGAACGCACGGCUCGAUUACAUAACUGCUUUCUCAAUGUUUACGACUUUAAUGAUAUUUGGUCACGAAUCCAAUCUGUGUUGCAGUCCCUUUUGUCAGAUUACUUGGACAUACAGAACACAAGCUCAGAGAAUCAACCGGCCCCAAACUCUUUCUCUGAACAAGCAUUAGAUAUAUCCUCCUACUUUACGAAGAGAAAACCUCAGCGCAAAGAGAAGCCCACCUUAUUUAAGUUUGACUUUGCCUCGACUUUACCAAAAAUAAAUAGUUUUAUCCCGGAUCAGCCCAGCAGCGAGUUCAAGAUUAAGCUGACGGGAGAUCCAAACCACCGUGAAAAAGUGUUGAUAUGCUCACCAGAUCCACAAAAUAUCACGGUCAUCUUUAUUCCACUAAUGAUUUUUAUUGAAGAAAUUGAACAGACAGUUAGUGCACCCUGUUCUUUGAAUGUUUUCCUUUCAAACUACAUUAAAGGUGGUUUUCUGCGUCAUCAUCAUAACAAAGUGGUGAAUGCUAUUGAUGUGGCCACCAAAUGCUCCGAUGCUUGGCGCUCCAUUACUCCUCCAGAGCUGGCAGCACAGUUAAAUGUGUCUCGUCCACUUUUAUUAAGCACUGUUAAGGUAGAACAAAGCAUAUCCGAGAUCAAGUCUUUGAUGCAAAGUAUUCCCCACCAUGCUCAGAACUUCUUGUCAAUGAUCAUAAAUAUCCUCAAGAGCUACCGGGAAAUCUGUCAAGUUGCGUAUCGCGGUAUUGUUCAGCCGGAGUCAGAAGAUAAAAGCAUAUACUCUGUCACGUGGCUCAAAGAUGAAGAUAUUACUCGUUUACUCAAAUCUUUGCCAAACUGGGAACAGUUGGAGGGCUGGUGGCAAAGUGUGAGCGAGAGGCAUGGGCAUAUCACUCGUGAGGAAUCCAUUGUCGAAGGGCCGGAGGAUGUGCAGCUGCGUAAUGAGCGAGAAGCUGAAAUCUUAGCAAGCAACCUUGGGGAAAGUGGUAUUUCUCAGCAUGAAAUCAUCUCGGAUGUGAACCAGCUCAAGUGUCUUGCUCAAAUGCAAGAAAGUAUGGAGUGGUUUGCUACACAGAUCAUCAAAUUUGUAAAUACUCAAUCUCACAAACCGAGUUCUUCGAACCAUAAUCGGAAAAAUGAACCUAUCCCAACAAUAGAAAUAAAUAGUAUGGUGCCAAAGAUAUCCUCUCAAUUGAUUUCAUCCUUAGAGCAACUUGCCAAUGAUUUUCAAGAACUUGCCAAUACAUGCCUCCUGGUGCUUCAUUUGGAGGUUCGUGUCCAGUGCUUCCAUUACCUGCUUCCCCAAGGUGCUAUGAAACACGUUUCUAAUUCUCAUGAUAUUGAUCCUCGUGUCUCUAACUUCAGCCGUGUCUUGUCUUCUAUUGAUGAAGCAAUGACUGUCAGUCUCCAGCCGAGAAAAUGCAAGUACAUAUUUGAAGGGCUUGGUCAUAUGAUAGCAAAACUCUUGAUCAGCUCAGCUCAAAUGAUGGAUAAGAUUGACAAGCCGUUGGUGCAUAGGAUGUGUCGCAACAUUUACUCCCUCCAGCAGACACUAACCAACAUAACAAUGACCCGAGAAAUCGCUCUAGACCAUGCAAGGCAUUACUUUGAAUUAUUCUUCCUGUCUCCGGAGGAUGUUUUGAAUCAAAUUGUGGAAAAAGGCCCCGAAUUUUCUGAAUUAGAAUACAUGAAUGCUUUACAGCUCAUUCAUCGGAGUCAGAGCGACAGACCAGAUGCCACCAUUCAAGGACAUCUUCAAAAAUUAACAGAUAUUCUACAAAAUACUCCAGUACGGAGACUCUUAUCAUCAACUUCUUCUCUCUCUGGUGUUGCUGUUUGAUGAAGAGCAUAUUUUAUGUCUCUGGCUGAGUUGAAAAGUAGAUCUCUUUAAAUCUAAAGAAAAACUCCAAUUUUUAAGGAAAACUAAGGAAAACUUUCCUUUAUCUGUAGGCUCAAGUUAUUUUUCAAGCAAUAUGGUUAGCUUUUAUUUUUUGCGGAGAAUCUCCAACAUAUCUAAACAAUUCCAACUGCCAUGGAAUUGCAGAAGCAGUUCUCUAUUCGCUUUAACUCCAUGAUUGGAUCUGUUCCACGUCUUUUCUUUUUCUGUUUUUUUUUCUUUCUUUUUUAAAUUUUAAUAUAAAACAUGGCUUCCUGUUUAAAUACUCUCUGUAAACUUGAUCAAAGUAACGUUGAAAAUCAGGAAGUAAGAAAGUCGUAGAAAAAUGGAAUUAUCAAAUAUUUUGAACAUGAAAUUAGUUUUUCAACUAUAUCCUUAAAAUUGAGUCUUAUAGAGAAGUAAAACUUUAGGCCUCAAAAUUUGGUUCAAACCGGAUGUAUUUGUGAUAAAAUCGGUCCCAAUAAUCCAUAUUAAUGUUCAAGAAUAAUUAUGAUUCUGUAAUCAUCGGAAUGUUACUUUACUCUCAUAAUCUUUUUAACUAAUUUUAAGAUGGUCUUUUACUCCUCUUAUGUCCUUACAAUCAAUAUAACUGUGAUAUACUAAUGAGUUUCUUUAACAAGUGUAGUUGUUAUAAAAAUUAGUUUGUACAUCAUUUUGUAAUACAUUAUUUGUAUGCAUUCA